AUGUAUUAGAGGAUUAUAAUCCUAAUUUUGAGUUUUUGUGUGGGUAGUACUGGAGACUUUGUUUUAUUUUUUGCUAGUAUCAGUGAUUCAUCCCGUGAAUGUUUAUGUUAUAAUGCUAUUGCAGAAACCAUUAAAGAAUUUGAAAGGAAAAACAAUUCGGCAGUUCCUAAUUUGAUCCGAUUGCAUUGGACUGUUUCGUUUGACAUUACUGUGAAAUGUGAAAUUAGAAAUGUUUUACAGUUCUAUUAAAAGUACUGUUACCACUGAGUGGUGGUGCUGCUGUUGCAAGUACUGGUUAUAAUAAUUUAUCUAUGCAAAUAUUUAUGCUUCGUUUUUACCUGUUACCUUACCUUUCAGUAGAUCCUACUAUGAAGUCCUACCACUGAACAACCAACCAUGGAUGAUUAUGAUCUAGAAAAGGAAAAUGAUAGAAAGGAGAAUGUGAAUGCUGAGUAUAUUCCAACGAAAUGUCGCAUAACUCGACCUCCACCACCAAAACCCGUCACGAAUCCUUUACAGUUUGUGAAAGUGGCGCCUCCACCAUUAUUCAAAAAAGCCCAUGAACAAAUCAAGAAAGUCGAAGAGAUGAAAAAGGAGAGGAAGGAGGUGCGGGAAGAAACAGAAGACUGGCAAGCUAAUUUAGACAACUGGAAAAGUUGUCGGAGAAAAAGGCAAGAGCAUAUUAUUGAGAGAGUGGUGGAAGUAAAAAAAUUGACUGAACAAGAAGAAAUGGCAAAAUGCAGAAGAAAAAGUAAGACUUUUAAUGAGAUGCUAGAAGAAAGAAAUCAACAAGGAAGAACAAAAUUGAGAAUACCAAUUUAUGAUGAUUCUGAUGAUCUAGGAGAUCUUGGCAUAGGAAACAGCUCUUCAAAAAACAGCCCAAAUGUUCCUGACAAUGAAAAAACAGUGGCCGAUCAAAAACCAGAAACUUACACAACCUUACAUGACUUCAAAGAAACAGAAAGCAACAAGUCAACAUCCCCAAACCAAAGUAAACUUGCAAUCUCUCCAACUGUAAAAGAAGAAACCACUCCCACUCACACCAACACUACCAUUGACAAACCAAAGUAUCCUCCACCUAAAUCAGCUAGUUUAGAUUUUGACACCAGUGAAAGUUCCAAACAAUACACUUAUGAAGGAGCAAUCCAAGAUUACCGAUCUAGAAUUCAAAACAAAAUGAAAGUGGAUGAGUCAAUUUUUCAUAAAAAAGAAGUUAAUAAGUCCAAAGAGUUUUCUGAGGCCCAAGCUGUGGUCCCCAAAGGAGAAAUAUCCCGACGAAAAGGCGUUUUCGAGUCAUCUAAAUCAGUGGAAAUUACUCACAUGGAAAGUACCAGCUCAAGAAGGCUAUCGGAGGACUUCGCUAACGCGCGAAGCCUAAAGGACCGACUUAAAAGCUUAGAGAACUCUUCAGAUCCCUCCCAGCCGAAAAUCGACCCCGAUGAAAUCCGCGUGUCUGUCAAAGAACGUUUGGCGAAUUUCGAUAAGCAAAUUGAAACUGAAACCAAAGCACCUAGGAAACCAGAACCUGUAAAAAUAAGCAAGUACCUAUUAGAGAAGCCGUUUGAUAGUUGUGCCAAAAACGAGUUGGAAACCAGCAGCAGUUAUUCUAGUCAAGAAGCAGAAAAUUAUAUAAACAAAUUGAAUAUGAUUAGUCAGGACCUAAGUAAUUUAGUUGAAACCAAACCUUCUUCAACCCCUUCAAUAGAGUCACUUGGAGUAUUUUCUGAUCGAGAAGAUAGUGGCAUCCAUACAGCUGACGUGUCUUGUUCAGUGAGUCAAGCUGAUGAGCCUGCUGAUCUUGAUUUAAAUAUUAUCCCUGAAUGCAUUGAAAAACUUAAAGUGAAUGAAGAAAAGCUAAUAUAUAAAAGUAAGGAAAUAAUUAGCAUUACUGAAGAAUUCUUGGAUAACCUCAUACAAGAAGCUACAAAAGAGAUUUGUGAUCAACAAGAGUUGAAGCAACUACAAGAAACUAAGAAACCUAAAAUAUAUGAAAACAUCUUGCCAGAUAAUAUCAAUUAUAUAAGUACAGAGUUUCCUUUAUACCCUCCAAGAUUAGAAGCCCCAAAAAGUAGGCCUCCUCCACCACCACCACCUGAUUCAACUGAAGAUCCUCCAACUGCAAACGUUCGAAGGAUGAAUUCGACGAAAAGAAUCAAAAAGGAAAUCCACAGCAAAAGAUCAAGUUUUUUAGGCCUUGAGGAUGCUGACAAUGAAUUGCUGGACCCAGAAGAGAUUGUGGAGAAACCACCAGACAUAAGCAGUUUUUUAUUGGAAGAACAGAAGCUAGAAAAGUCACUGUUCCGAAAAAUCCAUGAUGAUUCCUCCAGGACCGGGUUGCUUAGUAAAGUGGAAAGUCACGAUUCGGGUUUGGACAGCGAUCGGGGGAGGUCUUCUAGCAACACUUGGUGUAGCAGCGUACCUUAUCAUGAUCGUCAAGAUAGUGAGCCCACAAACAGUAUCACGUCUGAGGAAGACGAGAUAAUCAAAAAAGAAAGGGAAAUAAUAGCGAUGGUAGAAAAAGAAGAGAAAUGCAGGGAUAAAAUGGAUUACGUCAUUAAUUCAAAAUCUUUACUGCAAAAAUCACCCACUGAACCUGGAAUUAAAUCUAAUGAGUUCGAUGAUUCAUAUUUUUCUGAGCCCUUGUCUCAUUAUUCAGACGAACAAGACCUAGAAGUUCUAAAAGUACGUCAGGAGCUUUUUCAAUUGGAACAAGAGGAACUGGAAAGGCAACGAGACGAAAUCUUAUUCAGGGAGGGUCGCAAAGCAAGAUUAGCAAACAGACGUUCUUUUGAUAAUAUAUGCGAUGAUAUGUACCCUACCUAUGUGAACACAGAUUUCAGGAAAACAUUGCAGAUGCCUUUAAGUUUCAGCAAAUCUAUAGGAGACAUGCCUGGAGCUUAUUACAAUGAACCGGUUAAAUUCAGGCAAUCAACAUUGGAUAUUCAACAUUCUGUGCCUGAACAGCGCUCUUUUACCAGUAACAACUUAUUGGCUAUUGACCAUAGAAAAUCGAUGCCGGAACUUCAGCAUGAUUCCACGGUACGAUCUGCCUUCAUUUCGCCAGUAUCGAUGGACAGGCAGCCAAUUAAACCUAGCACGAAACCUCUUAGAACUAUAUCGACUCCUAGUUUAAAAACAAAACCACCUAUUAUGAGUCCAAAACCUGUUGUUGCACCAAGGAGCUAUAAUCAGCAUUGGGUUUUCCAGGAAGCAGAGAUGAGGAGAUUAGCUGAGCACCAGAACAAACCAAAACAGGACAAACCUCUUCCCGAUUCUGUUAUUUAUACCUUAACUCAGAGGGUACAAAAUAGGGUUAAUCAAUCACCACGAAGAAAUAUACCUCCUCAACCGAAUCAAGACUAUAACAAUCAUCCAAUUUAUGUCAAUUAUUCACAAAUGAUGUCCCCAGAACCGUUGAUAUCUGGUUCAAAGAAAGGCGACACUGUGCCAGAUAAAAUGUUGAGUGUUAGUGGCAAAAAGAAGUGUUCUUAUUGCAGUAAUGAAUUAGGGAGAGGUGCAGCCAUGAUAAUUGAAAGCUUAUGUCUGUUCUACCACAUGGAGUGCUUCAAGUGUUGUGUAUGUCACGUGCAGCUAGGGGAUGGUCGUAUCGGCACCGACGUCAGAGUUCGCAACCAAAAAUUGCACUGUCACAACUGUUAUUCCAGUGAUGAUGGUAUUAAAUUUAGUUGUGUUUGAAUUAUUUUUAAGUGAAAUUCAAUUCACCCUUUUAAACAAUCAAAAUUCUAUAAGGGGUUGAGACAGAAUUGUAUACUUUGUGCGUUUUAACUUUUUUUGACGUUAACCUGCACUUUUGCAGCUUAUACUUUAUAUUAUGUAUAUUAAUUGGUUGUGUAAAGUUUAUUUUAAGUAAAUUAAUGUUGUUAAUCUAUAUUUCUUAAACAAAAUUGUUACCCUAUUUAUUAUUAUUAUUUAGUAGUAUUAGAAGUUUACUAACAGUAAAUAUCCUGAACGGCCUUUUAACAUUUUUGUUAGUGUUUUGUAUUAGUUUAUUUGUUAAUUGCCAAAAAUAACAAUAACGACAACUUAUUUAGACAUUUGUAGUUGUUUAUAUAUUACUAUACACUUAUUAAUGUUUUGAUAGACGUAUUUGUACUUACCUACUGUAUAUAUCUUGAUAUACAAAUAUUAUGUAUAUAUAUAUCUCUUUUCUUGAAUGGCAGCCACAGUU